AUGUCAAAGCAGAUCCUCCUCGAUCUGACCUUCUCGGACGUGAGCCUCGUCAGUUUCGAGCGACUUCCUUACAGUCCUUUGCACAAGUUUUCACUAACCACGGUCCGAAACGAAGAAUACACGUUUUUGAGUCCGGACGCCGAAAGCAUGUGCACCCUCAUCCAGUACCUCCUCGACGGUUUGAAGAAGCGUUCGUUGUACGUGGUGGCCCUCCAGGACUACAAACACGAAACCAACGCGCCUUCGUUCCUCAGUUUCCGCAAAGGCGACUUGAUCACGCUGAAGAACGGUCUGAACGGAGAGGCGUUGAUGUCUGCAACGUGGGGCUACGGAGAGUGUAACACUGCUGUGGGAGAUUUCCCGAUCGAGCACGUCUACAUCCUUCCUACUAUUACCGAACCACCUGCUGAUAUUCUCGUAGCUUUCAAGAAAGAGGGAGUAGUUGGGGCGAAAAAAAAACCGACGGCACCGGUGUUGACGACGAUGCAGAGGAUGAAGUUGUACACUUUGGCGCACUAUGCGGACGAGCACUUCCGCAUGGGGAAGAAGCUUGCGGCCAACAAGCCCUCGGUCAUCACCGCUGCGAGAAGAGCAUCCCGUGAAGAGUUGUGGAAGUACACGAACGAACCGAUCUACCAACCACACUUGCAGAAGUUGCUGACCAACGAAGAGUUGAGUAAAGAAGCGUGUUCGGCUUUCACCGCCAUACUCAAAUACAUGGGUGACCUCCCGGCACCCAAAGCCAAGUUCAGUAACGAAUACACCGACCAGAUUUUCGCAGAAGCUUUGAAACACGACAUGCUCAAAGACGAGAUCUACGUCCAGAUCAUGCGCCAGCUGACGUUCAAUAGGUUGCUACUAAGCGAAGAGAAAGGUUGGGAGUUGAUGUACCUAGCAACCGGGCUUUUCAUACCAAGCGCGUCGCUCAUGACUGAACUGCAGAAAUUCUUAACCUCACGAACACACCCCGUCGUCGAACCUUGCUUGAAGCGCCUUCAAAGAAGCCAGAAAGUCGGUCCUAGAAAAUACCCGCCGUAUUCCGUCGAAGUCGAAGCCAUCCAACACCGCAGCAUGGAAAUCUACCACAAGAUUUACUUCCCAGAUGACACCGACGAAGCGUUUGAGGUGGACUCAGUCACCCGAGCGUCCGAUCUAUGCAAAACCAUCUCCUCCAGGUUGGAACUCGAGAGUACCGACGGUUUUAGUCUCUUCGUCAUGAUUUCCGACAAGGUGUUCUCCAUUCCCGAAAACUACUUCUUCUAUGACUUCCUCCACGAACUCAUUGACUGGAUGCGCAAGAGCAAACCCAGCUGGAACAGUGCUGCCCCCAUCCAAGCUCAGUACCAAGUCUUCUUCAUGAAGAAACUCUGGAUCAACGCGAUUCCGGGUAAAGACCACAACGCCGACCAAAUCUUCCAUUUCCACCAGGAGCUGCCCAAGUACCUUCGAGGCUUCCACAGGUGCACCAAGCACCACGCGUUGAAACUAGCGGCGCUGAUUUUGCACGCUCGUUGUGAUAACGAUUUCCAGCAGGUUCAGACUGCCGUCCAGUACGUGAAGGACUUGAUUCCUGCAAAUUUGGUCAAAGCCGCGAGCUCGUCCGAGUGGAAGAAGAGCAUCUUGAAUGAGUACAAGAAGUCUGGUAAUAUGAGUGUCGAGGAAGCUAAGUUGGAGUUCUUGAAGAUCAUCUACGAGUGGCCUACUUUCGGGUCGACGUUCUUUGAGGUUAAGCAGACGACUGAGCCGACGUACCCGGAUAUUAUUCUGAUCGGGAUUAAUAAGAAAGGGGUUAAUGUUCUGCAUCCGCAGACGAAGGAUGUACUAGCGACUCAUGACUUUUCCGAGUUGAGUAAUUGGUCGUCGGGAAACACGUUCUUCCAUCUGACUAUUGGGAAUAUAAUGAGGAAGACGAAGUUGUUGUGCGAAACGUCGCAAGGGUACAAGAUGGACGAUUUGAUUACUUCUUAUACGGAUUAUAUUAGGAAUAGUGUUAAGAAAGAAAAGGAAAAGGAUAAAUUUGUUCUGUAAAAAGAGCAGAUAGGCAGGUGAUGAUGUUGCUGUGAAGUAUUUAUUGGGUAGGAAAUUUU